AGUAUCAAAGAGUCUAUCUGCAUAGAUCUGGGGCGAUAUGCCUGAGGAACGGGGCAGCGCAGAUGCAUCGUCGGCCGACUGGAACCGCAGCUUUACACAGUGCUUGGAGCUGCUGAAGGGUCCAGGGGACGAGAGGAGGUUUGUGGGGCUGUUGCUGGUGACGCGGCUGCUGCCUCAGGGCAGCGAUGACGCGGUCCGGCGUGUGCUGGACGCGCUGGGCUGGACCUUCCUGCAGCGCCUGCUACUGCCGCUGCGGCGACAGCCUUCUGCCGCGGGCUCUGCGGCGGCGGCUGCGGGGGACGCCGCCACGCAGCAGGCCUCGUGUGUGGGCCUGGCGCUGUCCAUCCUGGCGGCCGCCUGCCGCCUCCCGGACGUGGCGGCGGGGGCGGAGGUGCGGGAAAACCUGCCGCUCAUGCUGCGGGUGAUUCGCAUGGGCGGCGUCGGCCCGGUGCUCACAGCCUCAGGCGUGGCGCUGCCGGCCGCCGACGCCGCCGCCGACGCCGCCGCAGUUACCGACGCACUGGAGUGCCUGGUGGCGGCGGCGGCCGCCUGCCCUUCCGCCACGUGCGCAGUGCUGGACGGCGCAGACGCGCUCGGGGCAGUUGCAGAGGCGCUGGCACGCAUGGCAGCCGUGCUGGCGGCUCCGGCUGCAGCAGAAGGCGGCGGCGGCACCGCCGCCGCCGGGUCGGGUGCAGGCGACGAGGAGAGGCGAGUGCUGGAGGCGGCGGCACACAGCGGCGCGCUGCUGGCCAUGGCCCUGCUGGAGCGGCUGGUCACAGGUACGGCGGCGGCGGCUGUAGCACCUGGGUCCCCGGCCGCACAGAGCGCGGCCGGGAGGGCUGUAACGCUGCUAUCAGAGCACCCGGCGGCGGCGGCCAAGGCUGUAGCGGCUCUGGCGCAGCUGGUGGGCAACCGGCGCUUGCUUGCUAGCCCUCAGGCGAAGCCCCCGGCUGCACCGGCGGAGCCGCCGGCGGGCGGGGCUGCAGCUCGCAGUGGCAGUGGCAGUGGCAGUAGCGCGGCUGGCGGCGGAAGCAGUGGCAGCGGCGGCGGCGGCGGGGCGGCGCAGCUACAGCUCGAGGCCAUGCAUUUGCUACUGCUGCUGCUGCGGGCGUGCCAGGAGCAGGCCGUUACUGCCGCUUCGGCGGAGCUGCGCCGCCUAGACGCUGCUAUUGCCGCCCCUCCCCUGCAGAUGCGGCAGCAGCAGCAGCAACAGCUACAGCUGCUACAGCCAGGCAGCUGGUCGGCGGCGGUGCGGCGGGGCCUGGGGUGGGUGCUGCGCAGCCGUGCGCCGCCCGCGCUCAAGCACGCGGCUAUUGAGCUGGCAGCACUCACGGUCGGGGUGGUGGGUGAGGCGUGGCUGCUGGGUGCAGGCCAGGCCCAGGCCCAGGCUCAGGCGGGGGCUCAGGUCGGCCUGGGUCAGGAGCAGGGCAAGGGGCAGGGCCCGGCGGCGGACGACCAGCCCGGGGCCUUCCUGCAGCUUGUUGUGGAGGUCGUCAAGAUUGAAUUGGGCAUGCUACUGCACGACGCCAUGCACCCGCACCGCCCCGUGCCGGCCGGCGCCGCGCCCGGCAGCCUCCGCAGCGCCUCACGCGGCCAGGCGGCGGCGCCGCAGCCCUCGCAGCGGCUGCUGGACGAGCUGGCGCAGCGCGCCGCCAAGCUGCGGGCGGAGGAGGAGGCAGCUGCCAGGAAGGCAGCGGAAGCUGCCGUGGCGGCUGGCGCGGCGGAGACGGGGCAAAUUGGUGGUGGCAGCGGCGGCGGCGGCGGCGGCGGCGCGCCUGCGGCGCUGCCUGCUGCUGGCGCGGUGCAGGCGGACGCCGAGGCUAUGGAGGUGGAGUCUGACGACCCCACAGGCUCGGCAACAGCAGGCGCUGCAGCAGCGCCGGCUGCUGCUACAGCCGCUGCAGGCGCUACUACAGCCGGCGAUGGCCGCAUGCUGGCGGGUGAGCGGGCGCUGCUGCUGCUGCCGGCGUGCUACAGCCUGCUGGAGAGCUGCGUGGGCGCGGUGGCGGCGGAUGCGGCGGCGGGCGACGACGAAGACGACGGUGGCGGGGAUGCAAUGGAGCGGGAUGAACCCGCGGAGCUGCGGCGGGCGCAGCCGGAGCUUUCGGAAGCGGUGCUGAGGCACGCGAUGCGCACCUUCCACGAGGUCUCGGAGACGCUGCUAGAAUUCUUCGAGGCCGCAGCGGGCGGCCCGGCAGGCAGCUCGGCGGCGCCCGGCACCGCCACCGCCGCCGAGCCCGGGUCCGUGGCGACGGCGGCGGCGGCGGCCGCUUCCGACCCCGAGGAGGAGCCGGUGCAGGUGCCGGCGGUGCUGCUGCUGGGCGCGGCGCGGGUGCUGGGGCGAUAUUUUGCUGAGGCACCGCAGGCAAUGCUGUCCGAAAAGGUGCUGGCGGCGCUGCCUGCGGUCAUGGCAGUGCGGAGCGAGGCGGCGGCGGCGGCGGCGGCUGGGGGCGUAGGGCCGAGCGAGGAGGAUGCAUACGCGCUGACCUUCCUGCUGCCAGGGCUUCUGCAGGUCACGGGUGAGGGCUGCCAGGGCCGGGCCGAGGCGUGCAAGGCGCUGCAGGCGGUUCCGGCAGCGCUGGAGGCGUGUGUGGCGUACCUAGGGCACUGCGUGCGUCGCGACGCCGCCGCCGCCGCCUUCCUGGACGCGCGCCUGCCGCACCCGCAGCAGACGCAAGGGACAGCUGCGGAAGCGGAAGCGGCGACGGUGGCGGCCGUCCGCGCGUCUCCGGCGCUGGCAGCGGCGUGCGCCGAGGCCGCGUCUGCGGAGGCGGGCCUGGCUGAUGUGUGCAUGCUGCUGUGCAACCUGGUGCAGCCGGCAGCGCUGGCGGCGGCGUGCGGGCGGCGCGCCGGCACCGCGGGCGGUGCGGCCGAUGGCGCCUGGGCCGCGGUGCGGAGGACUGUCGGCAGCGCGGGCCCGGGUGCUGUUGCCGCCGUGGAGGCUGCUGCUACAGCCGGUGCGGCGGAGCUGUCACCGGUGCUGGCACUGCUGCAGCCGGCGGUCUGGCUGGUGGUGCGGUGGGCGGAGGCGCGGAACCGCACAUUGCAGGUUCUGGCGGGGCUGGACGUGCUUGUGUCGAGUCGCAGCGGCGGCGCCAGCAGCCGCGGUACCAGCGGCGAUGCGGGCGCAGAGUGCGCGGCGGCGCGGGCACUGGCAGCGGUGCAGCUGGCGCCGCGCGCGCUCCUCUGCCCCGCCUGCCUCGCAUCCAUCGCUGUCGCCGCCACCAUGCGGCGCCUCGCCGACGCGUCACCCGGCCCCUUGCCUUCGACUGGGCCACAGCACGCCAGCAGCCCUGUGGCCGGGGCAGCCGCGGCCAUCCUGCCGCCGGCGCUGAUCGAGGGCGUGUGCCGGUUAGCCGUGGCAGCGGCGGCGUCGGGUGCUUCAUUGGAACUGGCGUCGCUGCAAAGGGCCUUGGAAGCCAGCGAGGAGUGGCGUCAGACAGAGGAGCGGCUACUGCAGCGAGCGCGGGGCCAGGACAGCUGCCAGCCAUCUGGGUCGGCACCGGCGGGGCCGGAGGUGGACAUGGGCGGGGAGGGUGGUGUGCCGGAGGGCGUGCGGGCCGGAUGGCUGACGGCGGCGGCGGCACACGCCGACUUUGCAGGUGACGGUGUGGCGUGCUGGGAGCGGCUUCUGGGGGCGCUGGCGCAGGUGGUGGAAGUGAGCGAUGCGGCGCGGGCGCUGGCACGGGCGGCGCCAGCGGUUCAGGGGCUGGCUUCAGCCGCGGCGGCGGUGCAGGCGGCAGGGGUCGGCGGGGCAGGAAGAGGCGGCGCGGGGCCGGCCGUGUCGGGUCCGGCGCGGGAGCUGCUGCAGGAUGUGAACCUGGCGCUGUUGCUACAGGUGGUGGCGGCGGCGGGGCGGUGAGAGCAGUGCCGUGAGGGGUACCGGAGGUCCGGAGCGGUAGUGGGAGAUGAGGCGGCGAGGGGGGAGCAGCGGCGUGGACUGUGCCAUAAGCUGGACAGUGGCUGUAAGCCUCCUUCCCC